AUGGCCAAACGAACAGUGACAAAGUCCAACCCUCUCCCCAACUUCCCCAACAAACCUUCCCUCUACACAGAUAUGUCUUCCUCCUCGCUCUCCCAUCUCCUCAAUGGCAACCACCAUCUGUCACCACUCUCCCUUCUAGUGCCGGAACCCUUCCACACCCUCCCCAUGACCAACAUCCACAAUGCCCUCCCUUACCCUAAUGCUGACCCUUUCCCUGGAAAUCGGCUCCCUCCUAUCCCCGACUUUAAUGAUGCAGCCGCAUGCAAACAUGAGGUGCAUUGCUUGACUGACACGCCAUCACCAAGAACCAGAUUGCUGUCUGACUGGCUGAACCAUGUCUGCGCGGCAGAACAAGUUGGGCCCAUGCUUCCGGCUCACUUGCCUGCUCCUCCUAGCAACUGGCAGAAUGGUGCCCCCCGUAAUUUCAUACAGGACUACAAGGCCUAUGAAGAAGGGAUCAAACGUCUUUCAAUGCAGCUAGACCAUGUAGCAGAGAAUUUUGGGUACUACUGGCACAUCAGGGAAAGGAUGAUUGACAAUGCUGCCUGGGAGGGACACCUGGUACACCAUGCCCCAACAUUUGAUAUACUUACUAUAUAUGGUUACAUCAAGGAGCUGCGGAGUAUGAACAAUGACUGUGGAUUACUUAGCAUUUAG